UGUUCGUGUUCUUCACUUACUAUAAAACGAAUGUCAGAAAUUAAAACGGUUCAGUCAGAGUUGAUUUUUAGCAAGCGAAAAUGGUGAUCAAGGAAAGUGACUUCGAUGAAUCGCUCGGUUAUGCGUUGCUUCGUAAUGACAUGGGAUCCAUCUGGGAUGCUAGCAAGGAUGAGCGGAUGAUGAAUGGAACCAUGGAUCCGGAGUUGAUUCAACGUGCAAAAGAACGGGCUAUUCGCGCUCAGCUCAAUUCCGCGGAUGGGGAUACUUGCGAAACACACGAUCAAUUCUACAGAGACCAUAAGCUGCUUUUGGUGCUGUUCCGGGCGCUAGCCGUUAUGCCGAUUCUGCGCUCUUCCCCCGGACGAAUUACCUUCAACUGGAAAUCUUGGGCUUCGAUAUAUGCCUAUUGCUUCUACGUCGUCAGCACGAUUGUUGUGCUGAUUGUGGGUUACGAACGGAUUAAGAUAUUGCAGAACACGAAAAAGUUCGAUGAGUACAUCUACGGAAUUGUGUUCGUUUUAUUCCUGGUGCCCCACUUCUGGAUUCCAUUUGUGGGCUGGGGCGUCGCAAAACAUGUUGCUGUGUACAAAACUGGGUGGGGGACGUUCCAAGUGCGCUACUAUCGCGUAACUGGCACUAACCUAGAGUUUCCCCACCUGAAGCUUUUGAUUGUGAUUUUUUCUGUUGGUUGUUUGGUUGUUGCAAUCAUAUUUUUGCUAUCGUUGAGCUUUCUUCUGGAAGGCUUCACACUUUGGCACACGUCGGCCUAUUAUCAUAUAAUAACGAUGCUUAAUAUGAACAGCUCACUCUGGUAUAUCAACUGCCGUGGGAUCCUAGUAGCAUCCUCUAGCUUGUCUAAGCGUUUCCGGAAGGAUGUUGCCAUCGAGUGUACCGCCGCAAUGAUUUCCCAAUAUCGUUUCCUUUGGCUCAAUUUGAGUGAACUUCUUCAAUUGCUGGGAAAUGUUUAUGCCCGUACCUAUUCGACCUACUGUCUUUUCAUGUUUGCUAACAUCACGGUCGCCAUAUACGGUGCCCUGUCGGAAGUUAUCGACCAUGGAUUUGGGUUUUCCUUCAAGGAAAUCGGAUUGAUCAUCGAUGCAUUAUACUGUUCGACACUGCUGUUCAUUUUCUGUGAUUGCUCCCAUAACGCCACUCUGCAAGUUGCUCAAGGUGUACAGGACACUUUGCUAGGAAUAAACCUGCUCAAGGUAGAUCAACCAACCCAGAAAGAAAUCGAUUUGUUUAUUCAGGCGAUCGAGAUGAAUCCAGCCAUUGUGAGUCUCAAGGGCUACGCAGACGUAAAUCGUGAACUACUGACGGCGAGUAUUGGAACGAUCGCCAUCUAUUUGGUUGUUUUGCUGCAGUUUAAACUGUCACUGAUUUCCCAACAGAUGUCGCCGGAACUGUUGCAGACCAUCAAAUUUCUUCACGAAGCGAAUUAGUUUGUGCAAAAAAUUGUUUAUGUAAAAUAUUUUCACUCGUAUAAUUGUGUGAAUAUAUUAUUGAUCUAAUUAAUGCAAUCUUAUAUAAAUCAUAUUCUAAAGCUUGUUGUUAUCGGCAGUGCAAAACUUAUAGACUUGUUGUCUCACUAACUCUAUAUACCUCAAUGACUUUUGCUAAUCACUCAAUUUAUGGAUACCCCAAUGUUUUUUUUUUUUUUUUGUUUUCAAACAAAAAAAAACUAAAAUGAAUAUUUUUUUAUUUCAUUUUGUCUAGAUUUUUCAUAAAUAUUC